AUGCAAAAUUCAUCAAAUAAUCAUCAGAUCUGGAAAAUUGGUAAAUAUGUAUUACAAGAGGAGCUCGGAUUAGGCGCCUUUUCAACUGUAUUCCUUGCCAUCCACAGUAAAACUGGUGAAAAAGUUGCAAUCAAAGUUAUUGAUAGAAAUACAGCUACAGAAACUGAUAUGAUUGUAUAUGUUGAAAACGAACUCAGAAUUCAAUCAAGAUUGAACCAUCCCAACAUUGCGAAAGUGUAUGAUGUAAUCUAUACUCCAGAAAUCAUUGCAAUAGUCAUGGAAUAUAUGCCAAAUGGCGAUAUGCAAAUGCUUAUCAAUAACAAUUUUAUAUUCAAACAAUCAGAACAAAUAAGAAUAGCUAUAGAACUUCUUGAUGCAUUAAAUUAUCUUCAUGAGAAAGGAAUUAGCCAUCGAGAUAUUAAGACCGCAAAUAUUCUCUUCGAUAAAGAUAUGCAUCCAAAACUGAUUGAUUUUGGAUUUUCACGCGAAUUUUCAGCAAAAAUGAAAACGUAUUGUGGCACGCACUUGCUAAUGGCACCAGAAAUCAUAUCAAACAAAGUGUAUAAUGGAAUGAAGGCUGACAUUUGGGCUUAUGGAGUUACCAUGCAUAUAAUGGCAACUCAUUGUUAUCCUUUCUCAUAUCAAAAUGAUGCACAGUUUUUAGCUGAUGUUAGAAACAAAACAAUUAAAGUUAAUAAUACUGCAGAAGGAAAUCUUGGCUGGUUGAUCAAUAGAUCACUUCAAUUUGAUCCAGAUAACAGACCAACAGCGCAAUCGAUGCUAGAUUAUAUGAAGGUACAAUCUACAGCAUUUGCUAACGGAAAUGGCCUAGAAAUAGGAAAUCAUGUUAAAAGAGCUGCAACAAUGGGCAUCUUGAAGCCAAGACGCUUACCAAUUUUAAUUAAAUCCAGAGGAUUAAAUAAUACAAUCCCGACAAAAAUUAAGCUUGCCCCAAAGACCAUUCUUUUUGAAAAAUAA